GAAGUGCCGCUGCUUCUCCUUGGGCUUCGGACUGAUCAGCUGUCACGGAAGGACGGAAGGGAGGGAGGAAGGAGAAAGGAGAAAGAUUCUUUAUCUUUAUUCAGAAGCAUAAAGUUGUUUGCUGAAUACAAGAAGAUGUUACUUUGGCUCUUUCUGGUUUUGUCUCCCCCCAUUUCUGCUUCGACAAAUGCAGAGUCUGACCCCUCAGUGGAAAUUUGCAAUGUAUGCUCCUGUGUGUCGGUGGAGAAUGUGCUCUAUGUCAACUGUGAAAAGGUUUCUGUCUUCAGACCAAAUCAAUUGAAACCACCCUGGUCAAAUUUUUACCACCUCAAUUUUCAAAAUAAUUUGUUAAUUGUCCUCUAUCCCAAUACGUUUCUAAAUUUUUCACAUGCAGUCUCCUUGCAGCUGGGGAAUAAUAAAUUGCAGAACAUUGAGGGAGGGGCCUUCCUGGGGCUCAGUGCAUUAAAACAGUUGCACUUGAAUAACAAUGAAUUAAAGGUUCUCCGAGCUGACACUUUCCUUGGCAUAGAGAACUUGGAGUAUCUCCAGGCUGACUACAAUUUAAUCAAGUAUAUUGAACGGGGAGCCUUCAAUAAACUCCAUAAACUGAAAGUGCUCAUUCUGAAUGACAAUCUGAUUUCGUUCCUUCCUGAUAAUAUUUUCCGAUUCGCAUCUUUGACCCAUCUGGAUAUCCGUGGGAAUCGAAUACAGAAGCUGCCCUACAUUGGUGUGCUGGAACACAUUGGCCGUGUCGUUGAAUUACAGCUCGAAGAUAACCCUUGGAAUUGCAGUUGUGAUUUGCUGCCUUUGAAAGCAUGGCUGGAGAACAUGCCGUAUAACAUCUACAUAGGAGAAGCUAUCUGUGAAACACCCAGUGACUUGUAUGGGAGGCUUCUGAAGGAAACCAAUAAACAGGAAUUAUGUUCCAUGGGAACUGGGAGUGAUUUUGAUGUGCGGAUCCUACCACCCUCUCAGCUGGAAAAUGGCUAUACCACACCCAAUGGCCAUACAACCCAAACUUCAUUACAGAGAUUAGUGACAAAGCCCCCUAAAACAACUAAUCCUUCAAAGAUCUCUAGCAUAGUUGCAGGCAAAGCCCUCUCAAAUCGUAAUCUGAGUCAAAUUGUAUCUUAUCAAACUAGGGUACCACCACUGACACCUUGCCCGAUCCCUUGUUUUUGCAAAACUCAUCCUUCCGAUUUAGGCUUAAGUGUCAAUUGCCAAGAAAAAAACAUCCAGUCGAUGGCGGAGUUGAUGCCCAAACCCUUAAAUGCCAAGAAGCUGCACGUCAAUGGCAAUCAGAUUAAAGAUGUGGACACUUCAGAUUUCACUGAGUUUGAAGGUCUGGAUCUACUCCAUUUAGGUAGCAAUCAGAUUACAGCGAUCAAGGGAGAGGUGUUCCGGAAUCUCACCAAUCUCCGCAGACUCUAUCUCAAUGGCAAUCAGCUAGAACGGCUGUACCCUGAAAUGUUUGCAGGUCUGUACAACCUGCAGUAUCUCUAUUUGGAAUACAAUUGGAUCAUCGAAAUCUUAGCUGGCACCUUUGACUCCAUGCCCAAUUUGCAGUUAUUGUAUCUGAACAAUAACCUGUUAAAGAGCCUGCCGGUUUACAUUUUUGCAGGUGCUCCUCUUGCUCGCCUGAACCUGAGGAACAACAAAUUCAUGUACCUGCCUGUGAGUGGGGUGCUCGAUCAGCUUCAGUCCCUUACACAGAUAGACCUUGAGGGCAACCCAUGGGACUGCACUUGUGACUUAGUGGCCCUAAAGCUGUGGCUAGAGAAACUGAAAGAUGACAUUGUGAUGAAAGAACUGAAAUGUGAAACACCUGUACAGUUUGCCAGCAUCGAACUGAAGUCCCUCAAAAACGAAAUCCUGUGUCCAAAGCUGCUCAACCGGCCUUCUUCUCCCUUCACUAGUCCCAUACCUGCCAUUACCCUCACGACACCCAUGGGACCCAUCCGAAGUCCUCCUGGAGGCCCAGUCCCUCUGUCCAUUUUAAUCUUGAGCAUUCUGGUGGUCUUGAUUUUAACUGUGUUUGUUGCUUUUUGCCUCCUAGUCUUUGUGCUCCGGCGCAACAAAAAGCCAAUCGUGAAACACGAAGGCCUUGGAAACCCAGAGUGCAGCUCUAUGCAACUGCAGCUAAGGAAGCAUGAACACAAGACCAACAAGAAGGAUGGGCUUGCAGCAGAAGCCUUCAUCCCACAGACCAUUGAGCAGAUGAGCAAGAGCCACACAUGUGGCUUGAAAGAGUCUGAAGCAGGUUUCAUGUUCUCUGAGCCACCAGGACAGAAAGUCAUCCUGAGAAAUGCUCCUGAAAAGGACAAAGAUCUUGUCCAUGUGGAUACCAGGAAAAGACUGAGCACAAUCGAUGAGUUGGAUGAAUUAUUCCCUGGCCGAGAUUCAAAUGUGUUCAUUCAGAAUUUUCUGGAGAGCAAAAAGGAGUACAACAGCAUCGGGGUCAGUGGCUUUGAGAUCCGCUAUCCAGAAAAGCAGCAAGACAAGAAAAAUAAGAAAUCACUAAUAGGAGGUAAUCAUAGUAAAAUUGUUGUAGAGCAGAGAAAGAGUGAAUAUUUUGAACUAAAAGCAAAACUUCAGAGUUCUCCUGACUACCUACAAGUCCUUGAAGAGCAAACAGCUUUGAACAAAAUAUAGGUCAUGCAGUCUUAUUUCCUACAGAGGACAUUUAUUUAAUGAUGAAAGUGCCUUUUGUUGACUUCUAACUUCCAAAUUCUAUAUUAUCAAUAGGCAUAGAGGCAGGUGUUUCCAAGGGUGUCAGAUUAACUAUAGUCAUAUAUGAGUUGUCAAAUAGAGAAGGAUUUUGACCUUUAAUGGAUUUCACUCCAUAAAACUUAGACUGUGGAAUCCUGUGGGGAUACUGCAAACUCUAUUGCCAAAGGGAUGCUUUAUAUACAUAUUAUGCUGAAUUUAACCACAAGGGGCAAGUUGGUUUUGUAUUCCCUCCCCCACUGCAAAACCUUCGCCUCCCUGUGAUUUGUUAAAGCAAACACAAGCAAACUGGUAGCAGUAUUUGUACCUCAGCUGGGUCCUUCAUCUUGCACGUGGAUUAAGUUGGUGGUGGAACUGGAGUAAUCCUUUGAUUUGUGGCAUUGUAACAACUCUGUUUAAAGAUUCUCUGAAAAGUUUUUUAAAAGCAUGCAAAGAGAGAACAUUCGGUAGUAUUUGUAAAUCGGUAACCUUUCUGGCCUGCAUCUUGAAACCACUGGAUUUACUGAUGUUAAAUUGUGCAAACAUUUGUUUAAAAUAUACCAUGCAUUACAUACUGAUGAAAAUAAAUUUGAACACUUUAAGCAUACCUGUCUAUACAUAAAAUUUAAAAGAGAAAAAAAAUCAAUGUGAUUUAUACAGCAUUUGUGGUGACCUGAAGAAAUAAUUGAUGUUAAUGCAGAAUUAAAUACAACUCAAAAUUCAAACUA